GUGAGGGAGGGGGUGAGAGCCUUAGGGGCCGUCUGUCAAUCUCUCCUCCGCUCCAUUCACACAUUCAUCUGCAUGCACCGUCAUAGAGAGAGAGAGACAGAGGAAGUGAGCGAGAGCCUCUCAUUCAUAAAAAAAUCAAAAAAGAGAAAAGUUCAUUCAUAAAAGCUGCACAAUUCCGCUGUGCCUCAGAGAGAAGAGACAGAGGGGAGGAAAGUUGAUGUAGAGGCAGAGCUGGAAGCCUGGCAACUGACUGGAGAAAGUGUACGGGUCGCUAUAGUGGGACUGUACUCGGCAUGACUAGAGCGGAGCACACUGGACUUUGGACCACACUGGACUCCCCUGUCCCACGCUGUGCUCUUCUUCGUGCAGUUUCUUGAUUAUGAGAGCGCAAACCUCACCCAGGUUCAAAUCUCAGACAGGACUCUUCCCAGGCAUGCUGAAGCGCACCAAAUACAGUCGCCUGCGCAACGAUUCGCUGACGUCCCUGGAGGAUCGGCCCCAAAGAAUGCGGCCCUCAAAGAGGGACCUUUGCCUCGACUCUGAUUUUGCACAGCUGGAUCCCGGAGCGCCGACGCACCACGGGCCGUCCACCCUGAGGGACUUCAUCCCCCGCGUGGCCAACAUCCGACUGCAAAGUCCAAUUUCCCUGCGGGGCCUGAGGGGAAAGACAAACUCAGACCGGGACAGAACCAUUAAUGGACACACGGACAGACCCUCAUGGGGCUCGGGGCCUGAUCAGAGAUGUUGUAGCCAACCGUCCCUCAAUGUGCCCCCAUCCACCGGCCUGACUCACUCCGCUCUGCGCUGCACAAAAAGACCAAUCACCCUGCAUCGGAUUACCAGCCUCCCCUGGACCCCCGAGUGUCCUCACUGCUCACAGCACAGACACAGUCUGUGCCUUUUGAAGACUUCCCCAGCAGCUGACGACUGUACAGUGGUGGGGACGGCGAGCAGGAAGGUUCACCAUCACAUCAAGUACAUGGGUAGUGUGGAAGUGACCCAGUCCAUGAGAACCCUCCACUUUGAUAUGAGAAUGAAAGUCACACGAGAGGCCAUCAGCAGACUGUGUGAGAGGACAUCAGCAGUGAAAACUAAAAGGCCUGUCUGCAAGGGGCUGUCUGCUCUUCUGGGUCAAAUCAACCUCCAGUUUUCAGGGAGCAGAAUCAUCCUCACCGUCUCCACCGACAGCGUGACUCUGAUCGCUGCCUCCUCCUUUCAGAAGAUUGCCCACCACCCCAUGCAGGCCAUUUCCUUUGCCUCGGGAGGAGAUCCAGACAUGGCUGAUUACAUCGCUUAUGUUGCCAAGGACCUCGUCAAUCAGAGAGCAUGUCACAUCCUGGAGUGUCCGAGGGGUCGUGCCGGUGAGGUCAUCAACAGCAUCGGUCAGGCCUUCGAGACUCGUUUCCGACAACUUCUCAACCACACGCCAUCGCUGCUCUCCAGCAAUCCCAGGUCGGCAGUGAGGGUGUGUCACAAAUGGAGCGCAGAGGAGACGAUAACGGACCAGAAGGCCACGCGGGACGGUAAAGCCCGCGAGCACCGGGACUACUACAACGUGAUCCCCGGAAAGACGCCCCCUGCUGGUGGAAUAGAGAACCUGCGGAUCACCAGCGAGGAGAGCAAACCGGAUCCUGACAUGUUGGGGGUUUGUUCGUCUCAGCCUCUUUCGCUGUAUGAGAAUUGCUCCAUCACAGAAGAAGCUCCAGCUCCACCUGCAGACCCAGUCGUAUCUGAGAUCAGUGCUGAACAGUGCGUUCCUUUCUCGGAGACACGGAUCCAGGACCUGAUCCAGGAGGAAGUCUGGUUCCACGGCAGAUUAGGAAGGGAGCAGGCGGAGUCGCUUCUCACCUGUAGCGGGGAUUUUCUGGUCAGAGAGAGCAGCUCCGCCUCUGGUCAGUUUGUACUCAGCGGGAUGGAGGGAGCCACCGUGCGCCACCUCCUGCUGGUGGACCCACAUGGGCAGGUGCGAACCCGCGAUCAGGUGUUCCUGAGUGUUGGUCACCUGGUGCGAUUCCACAUGGAGAACCAGAUGCCCAUCGUCUCUGGAAGCAGUGAGCUGUGUCUGAGACAGCCAAUCCUACAAAGACACUAACACACACACGCACGCACACGCACACACAUUCAGAGCAUGCAUACAGCCUGCUGCAGUGGUUCUCAACGGUUUUAGAGCUGAGGCACAAGCAAGAAGACACACUUUAAGCCUUUGAGCACUUUUAGCUACAUUAUCAUUUUAAACCAAACCGGAUCCUGUCAACAUGUGAUACAUUACUGAGUGCACGUACUGUAUAUGUGCAGUGAUUAGUUUCUUAACAUUUGAGUAAGCUCUCACUCUUGUGCACACGGUGCCUCACCCCGUGUUGACAACAGCUGCUGACCUGCAGAACAUCCCGUCUCUCUCCGGCUGAAUUAGCCUUGUGUUUACUCAAAGUCUAAGCACAAUCACUGGUGUCGGGAGGAAAUUACCAGAAUGUUUGGCAGGCUUUCAGAAUAAUUUUUUUGACCCGCUAAAUUGGUCUUUUGUUCAUUCGUUUUGAUUUGUUAUUGCUUCGUGUCCCCAUUUCCCAUGCUUGACUUUUGAGUUCCACUUAUUUGUUCCAUUCUGUAUAAAUAAUUUAAAUGCUCUUCGUAAACAGAUUCUACAGAAACGGAUUUGCAGUUUAAUUUUUUAGAUAAGAUGGCAAAAAUGCAAAUAGUAUUGUUUUUUGUUACCAAUAAUGUAAUCAAAUACAUAGUCAGUUCUUCUACAGAAUGGAUCACUGCAUCUUUCUUGUUAAUCCUCUAACCACAAAAACACAGCUUUAUGUCUUUGUGUCUUCUUACCCCCUUUGGA